AUGUCGGCCGAGAAGACGGACUACUCCAGGUGGCGCCUGCUGGACCAGCGCGGCCGCCAGACCUGGCACUACCUCGACUCCGACAACGACGUUGCCAAAUGGCCGCAGUCGCUCGCCGACAAGUACCACCUCGGCCUGCCUACCGACUUGCCCGAGCUGCCGCCCGCAAAGACUCCCAUCCAAUCGAUCCAAAACUGCCUUGAAUUCUUCUCCCAGCUCCAGCUCCCCUCCGGCCAGUGGGCAUGCGAGUAUGGCGGCCCCAUGUUCCUCCUGCCAGGCUUGAUCAUCACCUGGUAUGUCACCGAAACACCUAUCCCGGAGGCCUACCGGACGGAAAUUAAAAACUACCUCUUUGCGCGACAACAUCCGGUGGACGGAGGAUGGGGGCUGCACAUUGAAGGCGAGACGUCCGUUUUCGGCACGGCCAUGAACUACACGUCUCUGCGCCUGCUUGGCGCGAGCGCCGAAGAUCCUCGCAUGAUCAAAGCAAGAGGCACGCUGCACAAGAUGGGCGGCGCCGUCAACGGGCCGCACUGGGCCAAGUUUUGGCUCAGCGUGCUGGGCGUCAUGAGCUGGGACAUUGUCAAUCCCGUUCCUCCUGAGCUUUGGCUGCUCCCGGACUGGGUGCCCAUUGCGCCCUGGCGCUGGUGGCUUCACAUGCGCCAAGUCUACCUCCCCAUGGGGUUCAUCUGGUCGAAGCGUUGGAGCUACAAGUUGACCCCGCUGACCGAGGAGUUGCGCCAAGAGCUGUUCACCCAGCCUUACGCAAGUAUCAAUUGGAUUGCUCACCGGAACAGCAUCUCGCCACGGGACAACUACCACCCGAAGACCUGGGUCCUGAACACGGCAAACUGGUUCCUGGUGAACGUGUGGAAUCCAUACCUGCGAACAAACUUUAUUGUCAAGCGCGCUGAAGACUGGACGUGGCACCUUAUCCAGCGUGAAGAUGAGAACACCGGUUACGCCGAUCUGGCACCCGUCAAUGCGCCCAUGAACACAAUUGCUUGCUACAUUAAGGAGGGUCCUGACGCUUACUCUGUUCGGAAGCAUCGUGAGAGGUUGCUUGAAUACAUGUGGGUCAAGAACGAGGGCAUGCUCAUGAACGGGACCAAUGGUGUGCAGGUUUGGGACACGUCUUUCCUCAUCCAAGCUGUCGUGUCCGCCGGCUUGGCGCAAGAUCCGCGCUGGAAGCCCAUGCUGACCAAGGCCUUGGAAUUCCUCGAGGACCAACAAAUUCGUGAAAACUGCCGUGACCAAGAGUCUUGCUACCGCCACAGACGCAAAGGUGCCUGGGCUUUCAGCACGAAAGAGCAGGGAUAUACCGUGUCUGACUGCACUGCCGAGGGCGUCAAAUCCGUGAUGUUUCUGCAAGACAUUCCCGACUACCCUAAGCUCGUCUCUGACGAACGCAUCAAGGAUUCGAUUGAUCUGCUACUCACCAUGCAGAACGCGUCGGGCGGGUGCUCUUCGUACGAGCCCACUCGCGGAUCCGAGAAGAUGGAGUACCUGAACGCGGCCGAGGUGUUCGGGCGCAUCAUGGUCGAAUACGACUACCCGGAGUGCACGACGGCGGUAGUGACGGCGCUGUGCACGUUCCGCGCGCGGUACCCAGACUACCGCAGCGAGGACAUCGAGGCGUUUAUCCAGCGGGCGCUGGCGUACAUACGGCGGGCACAGCGGCCCGACGGCUCCUGGUACGGCAGCUGGGGGAUCUGCUUUACGUACGCGGGCAUGUUCGCGCUGGAGUCGCUGCGGAUGGUGGGCGAGACGCACGCGACGUCGGAGCGGGUGCGGCGCGCGUGCCGCUUCUUCAUCGAGCGCCAGAUGGAGGACGGCGGGUGGGGCGAGAGCUACAAGAGCUGCGAGGACCAGGCGUGGCGCCCGCACGAGCGCAGCCAGGUCGUCCAGACCGCUUGGGUCUGCAUCGCCCUGCUUGAGGCUGACUACCCGGACAAGGAACCGAUCCGCCGCGCGCUGCGCCUUAUCAUGAGCAGACAGCAGCCGGACGGCCAGUGGCUGCAGGAGGCUAUCGAGGGCGUCUUCAACAAUAGCUGCAUGAUCUCGUACCCGAACUACAAGUUCGUCUUCCCGAUGAAGGCGCUGGGCAUGUACGCGCAGAAAUACGGCGACGAGGCGCUGCUCUAA